AUGGUUGGAAGACAGACGCUCCGAAUGGACAGCGGCACUUGCUCCAGGCCGGUGGUGGAUGAUAGCCCUGCAUCCAGUCCAAGCUCCAGCCCAAGUCCGGACGGUCGUCGUCGAGAGCUCCAGCGGGCCAGGGUGCUCCAGACCGGCGCGCUCGGCGGCAGAGGACGUCCGGCAGCAGCCAACGCAGCACGAGAGAGGAGCCGAGUGCAAACCCUGAGAAACGCGUUCCUGGAGCUACAAAGGACUUUGCCGUCAGUGCCGCCGGACACCAAGCUGUCCAAACUCGACGUGUUGAUACUGGCCACCACCUAUAUUGCCCAUUUGACUCGAACACUACAAGAGGAAGGCACGGAGGAGGGAGAGAGCACAAAACAAACAGAGGCAUUACACUCAUUGAAAGGUGAAGGCUACCUGCACCCAGUGAAGAAAUGGCCAAUGCGAUCCAGACUGUACGUCGGAGCAACCGGGCAGUUCCUGAACACCACAAAUGCUUCAGAGUCAGAGAAUCAAGGCCCAUCAUCGUCCACCUCCCAGUAA